AUGGCUGUUCCACCUGCGUAUGCUGAUCUGGGCAAAUCCGCCAGAGACGUUUUCACCAAGGGAUAUGGUUUUGGGUUAAUAAAGCUUGAUUUGAAAACAAAAUCUGAAAACGGACUGGAAUUUACAAGCUCAGGUUCAGCAAACUCAGAAACAAGCAAAGUUAGUGGUAGUUUGGAAACGAAAUACAGGUGGGUGGAAUAUGGAUUGAUGUUCACAGAAAAGUGGAACACCGACAACACGCUAGGCACUGAGAUUACUCUUGAAGAUCAGCUUGCACGUGGCCUGAAGCUGACCUUUGACUCCUCCUUCUCUCCUAACACUGGGAAAAAGAGCGCAAAGGUUAAGACGGGGUACAAAAGGGAACACGUCAACAUUGGCUGUGACAUGGAUUUUGAUAUUGCCGGUCCUUCAAUACGUGGAGCCCUGGUCGUUGGCUACGAGGGGUGGCUGGCAGGUUACCAAAUGACUUUUGAGACAACGAAGUCUAGGGUAACCCAGAGCAACUUUGCUGUUGGCUACAAGACCGAUGAAUUCCAGCUUCAUACUAAUGUGUAA